AUCUGGAUCAAAAGGCCAUGAAGUGUACGACCUGUAAACCGGUUUGGGGUAAGUUUUAGCUCUUUAUAGCACGACAGUUACCAGAAAACCACUCGACUAGCUUUAAAACGCGUUUUUCGGCAAAAUCUCCAGGAGCGAAUGGGUUAAGACGAAAUUUAUCAAAGGCUUUGUUCCUCAGAUCAGCAGCCUUAGGUAAGAGUUGUAUAUUACAUAUAGAAUGCUUCAUAGAAAGUGCCUAGUUAAGGUAUUUCAUACGACUGAGUUGCUUGGUUGAAGUAUGUUCCAUCAUGGUUAAUGAGUUUGAACUCGAGCUUGAAACGUGCAUGGUUAUGGUAUUUAAUACGACCAAGUUGUUGAGGUAUGAGAAAGCUCACCCCCUGCGCUCACUCGUGUCUGCAGCUCGUGUUAAAACUCGUUCCAUGGUACUACUACAUCAGAAAUUUCUGCAAUUUGAUUGGCUUAGAGCAGUGGUAUUUCAGCUUAAUUUGAAAAACCUACAUGUGAAAAUUACAAACCUUUUGUGGGUAGUAGUAUAAACAAAUAAUAGCAUGAUUUGUACGUGAUAUUUGGCAUAGAUACCACUCGUGAUAUUUCAAAAUUGUCUUAAAUUUCACGAGCCGUUAGGCGAGUGAAAUUUAAGACAAUUUUGAAAUAUCACUUGUGGUAUUUAUGCCAAAUAUCACUACUAAUCAUAUACUUUAGAAUACCCGGCCACUGAUUUGAAUCUCUUUGAAUGACAAGCAUGCUCUCUGUUAUUCCUCGUUCAGCUUUAAAGCCGAAAUGAAGUGGCCAAAUAUACGUAAGGGUGCAUUCGAUUGACUUUAUCUGGAAUAGGAACACAUAGAAUAACCGUUCAAAUUACCUGUUAUUUCAACUGCAGAAGAACUGGAAGUAUAUCAAAGACCUUUAGAUCCACCAUUUCCCUGUAUGGGUAUGGGUAGAUUGCCUGGCCUGUCACUAGCCAUAAAUAUGGGCAGACCACCUUACCCUGGAGAAAGACCUAGGCUACAGGGUGUAAUAAUAAUCUCAUUGCCCCAGGGGUACCCCAGAUUUAAAGCCAGCCAAAAAAAGAGCAAAAAUCAAAAGGGCUUCCAACAAAACUUGAAAAAAUCCCUGGACCAAAAAAUUAACUCCCAAAAUUUCUCUGCUGAAUUGCUGAGUCUGAAGAAUUCACUACGGUAAAAGGGAAUUCCUGAGACAAUGAAGUUGGGCAAUAAAAACAAUAAUCAAGACAUCAAUGCAUUGCUUAAGAUACACAGCCCCAAGGCACUAAUUACCCUAAAUGCUCAAAUUAACCCCCCUCUCCACCCUCCACCCCUCAAAUAGGCACCCCAUUCAAAUUAGUACCACUCUUUUGGACUUCAAAUAUUAAAGUAAAUACUGAAAGGGCCCUAUCAUGAUUAUGUGCACACGCAAACACCUUGUGUUGUGUUUUUUCUUGAAAACACAACAGAACUGUCCCACUCAGAUGCAAAAGGAUUUUCUUUUCUUUCUUUUUUCUUUUCAUUUUAUUUAAUAACUGGCUCAUGGCACAAAAAGAUUUAUUGUGAUUUUUUCACUCCCUCAGCUGCACUGCGACCUUAAAAGCUUGUUCCACAUGCUUUACAGCUUUUCUGCUGUAAAAAUUAUGUCAGAGCUCAACUUAUAGCAAGCUCAAAAUAAAUCCAGUAAUAUUUGCUCAUGUUCUAGCCUCAAACGCUCAAAGGGUACAAAUAAAAAUGCAAUCUUUACACGAUGAGGGCAUCGCAAAAGUCAGUCAAACAUAAUAAUUUAUUAUGAUUUCAUUACAUGUGUUUUUCUAUACAUCAAGGGCCAGCUGUUUGGUUAAUUUAGUUGGUCAUAUUUGUUAGGGAGGUUUUUUUAAUUUUACUAAGUCAAAUGUGUCGUUGCAAGAUCUUUUCAGUGGCAUCCAUGUCUCGUCCAUUUCUUUGUUGUAUCUAAAUGAAAGCAACGAUAAAACUCCCAAUUUCACUAAAAUCAAAAGUUAAUAGGAACAUUGAUUUGUAGUUUUGAGAAGGUCUAGUGGUGUAACUCAGUUGAGCAUGAUGCAAAGAUUUUGGACGGUUCGAUAACACUAUGUGGAUCUUUUGAAUUCUCAUGUACAUCUUGUCAGAAAAUCUAAGUUUGGUACAGGCGCAGUAAUGGGAUAGUUUUCGUUUAAGCUUCCGGCCCUCCCCUUCAUAUAAGUGACACCUUUAACACCCUGCCUUACUAAAUACAUGGUAUACUGGACUUUUAUCCUGCAAAAGGGUAGCAUAAAAGUUACAGUCACAAGAGAAUAGGGGCAGGUGCAGUAAUGGGAUAGUGUUCGUUUAAGCUUCCGGCCCUCCCCUUCAUAUAAGUGACACCUUUAACACCCUGCCUUACUAAAUACAUGGUAUACUGGACUUUUAUCCUUCAAAAGGGUAGCAUAAAAGUUACAGUCACAAGAGAAUAACUUAUUUGGGGACAUCACACGAUCAGAUGUUAAUGACUCAGCUCCUCUCAAUAUAGUGCUUUAGGAUAGUUUUAAUGAAAAGUUCUAAGCUAAAGGACAUGAUCAUAACACACUUGGGUAUUUAUUGAAAAAUAUGUUGUAGUUUCAUUACUUAGUUUUUUUGUCUGUGUGAAAGAAAGACAAAUGCUAUCUUGAGGCUGAAAUACUAAAAAAUGAAAUAAGCGACCCCUUCAAAUAAGUGUUUCCCCCUCAAAUAAGCGUAAAUCCGACAAAUAGGCAUCCCCAUUGCCUGCCACUGAAAAUCAAUUUACCACCCCCUCCUGGGAUUAUUUCCAGAUCUGCAGAAAUCAAAUCAUUUGUCACCUUAUGAUGUAAUAUAAUUAUUAUAUUACAUGUACCUGAUCACAAACAUGGUCACCUACCCAUAAUACACUUCCCAUACGAAGCCACAGAUGCGAAUCAGACUCGUGUUUCUUAAGGCCGUUAUUCCAAACAGUCUGAGCAGUACACAAUAAUGACAUAAUUUGUUUUCCUUGUAUCAUGGUCAGUGAUUUUUUUGUUGUUUGUUGUAUGUAGUACACCACUCAAAGUAUGUGAAAAUCUUUUAGUGACACGAUGAAACUAUACCCAUAUAAUAUUGUAGAUUAGAAAUUCCAUGCGAUGAAUUCUGUUCCAAAAUGUAGAUGUGUUGGGAUCUCACUCUUUUAGGAAGGGACCCACUGUUGUUCAAUUCAAUAAGUGACCACCUCCCUAACAUGACCUGCAGGGUUGUCAUUAAGAGCCGGGGGCCGGGGAUUUUGCCCGGCUACUAAGAGAGUAGCCCCCGCCUACUUUUAUCGGAAAAUAGAAGAAAAAUAGAACCAAAAGAAAUCCCUGGCCAUUUGAUUCCCUGCCUACUUGUUGUAUUUACCCGGCAACUUGAAAUCUUGGUGACAACCCUGGACCUGACUCAAUCUUUGCAUUUUUGGUGGCCAUCAACAAUAGUUUAGACUGAAUUGAAAUGAGAAAGAGGAGACACUUGGAAGAAAAUGUGAGCUACUUAAAAGCAGAAAAGAAACCCUUGAGCUUUAUACAGCAAGAAAAGGGGAAAGUUUAUUGUUUCUGAAUUUCUUAGAAGGCACAAAUUACCUCUAACAAGGUUCCCACGACUUUUUUUGUAGACUGAUAGUAAUUAUUACUUUCCAACAUGUAAAUAGGACACAUUCAAUAUCAUUUUCGAUUCCUUUAAAUCGUAUGCAAGUAGGUGGGUCACUGCCUAACUGAUGACAUUAUCAACAGAAUGUGCCGCAGCAUAAUUACUAUCUUUUAGAUAUAUACCCUAGUCUGCUAAUAAAAGAUUUUUUGAAUGCACUAACAGCAUCUGUUCUAGAUUUCUUUUAUUUUAAUUCUGUAAAAUUCACCUAUUGAUGAUAUGAUUUUGAUUUUUCUAUACUAGGUUACUUUUUGUUAUUUCUAGAUGAUAAGAAGAACUGUCGAGACUUUUUAUUAACAAUUUGAAACAUGGAGCAUUAUUCCAAUACAAAAUUGAGAGCUUUCUUAAAAUAUGAAGAUGGAUUAGCAGUUUUGGGUCUGAAUGGAAAAACACUCUUCAGGGUACCUGAUGCAGUCACUGAACUGAGUAAAACAGAGAAACUUGUGCUGGAUAAAAAUAACCUGAUUGAAUUACCAGCAAGUAUCAGCAAGCUGAAAAAUCUUAUUGUGCUUAUAUUGGAUAACAACAAAAUCACUGAACUACCUGCUGAGAUUGGUGACCUCAGGGAGCUGAGGGUGCUGAGGGUGAGUUACAAUCAGUUGGUUGGUUUACCUACCAGUGUACAGAGGCUGACCAAGCUUGAAGAGCUGUACUUGGAUGGAAAUAAACUAACUGAACUACAUUCUGGGAUUGGUGACCUCAGGGAGCUGAGGGAGCUGAGUGUGAGUUACAACCAGUUGAUUGGUUUACCUACCAGUGUACAGAGGCUGACCAAGCUUGAAUGGCUGGACUUGGAUGGAAAUAGACUGACUGAACUUCCUGCUGAGAUUGGUGACCUCAGGGAGCUGAAGACGCUGUGGAUGAGGAACAACCAGUUGGUUGGUUUACCUACCAGUAUACAGAGGAUGACCAAGCUUGAAUGGCUGUACUUGGAUGGAAAUAAACUAACUGAACUACCUACUGAGAUUGGUGACCUCAGGGAGCUGAGGCAGCUGUGGGUGACUGACAACCAGUUGGUUGGUUUACCUACCAGUGUACAGAGGCUGACCAAGCUUGAAAGGCUGUACUUGGAUGGAAGUAAACUAACUGAACUACCUGCUGAGAUUGGUGACCUCAGGGAGCUGAGGGAACUGAGUGUGAUGCGUAAUCCUUUAACUGUUGACGCAAUGAGACGUGCCUUAAAGUUAAAGAAAAAAGGAGUACGUGUAUAUGAUGAUGCAGGUAAGCACAGCGGAUAUUGUAGUUAUUUGGAAGUUCGAAAAAAACCGAGAUAAAAUUCCACUAUUUGCCUGGGAAAGGGAAGUCAUUUUUUUUUUCAGUUAUCGGGGGUUUCGCGAAUAUUUGGGUUUGAUAAAUCAAGAUAUGCUACAAACUGUACUUUCAAAAUCAAUGAUAAGUUUCUUGUACGUAUUAAUUCAUUUUAAGUAAUUCGUCUGUUUUAAAAUUUCAAAUCGGCUGUGAAAAAUAGCUAUUAUCCAGAGUAGGGUAAUAUCUAAGGUUAUGAACACUAAACAUUGUAUUCCAUCACUCCCUUACUAAAUGACUCACAGGUUGUGUUUUCACGAACUUUCGGAGGGAGAGAAGCGACGACCGGAAAUACGUCUGCUGUUUGCAGGUGGUGUUUCUAAAACGAAGACCCAAAAACGAAGACCUAAGACCUCGUAGACUAAAACGAAGACCCUUGGACUAAAACGAAGACCCACUGGACUAAAACGAAGACCCCUUGGACUAAAACGAAGACCCCCUGGACUAAAACGGAAACCCCUGUGGAUUAAGUGUUGUGGAAUUUCCUCUGCGCUAUUUAAUUGUGAUAAUGAAGUCUAUCACUCACCUUUUCUUCGAUCGACGGCUAAGAAAAUAUAACCGCGUGCUCUAGCGUUCUAAAAUGUCGAACAAUUGUAUCGAUCAAUACGUUUACAAAAGAAAAUAACCGACGUAGGGAGAAAAUAACAACGAGACAUUUAACAUUCAUGAAUUCCAGGAGAGGGAAACCUCGCGCUCUUUUUAUUACUUUUUACCUCGUCAAUAAGAAAAAAAGCCGUCGAUCGAGAACAUCACUCGAGUAAAGGUGUACAUUUCGAGUUUCAUGUAAGCAUGGUUCAUUUGUAUACAUGCCGGGUUAUAUUUAUAACCCUGUUACUUUAUUCUGACCUCUACUGUUAAAAAAUGACUCAUCUUUUACGGCUCAAACAGAUGUUAUAAUGAUAACUGUGGUAAAAAAUAAAAGAAAAAAAAAAGGAAAGGAAGAAAAGUACAUCGGUUCGGAAAGAUUCGAACCCGUUACACUUUCGUCGCGCCCACAGGCGUUACCAACAGGAUACGAAGGCUUUCUCGAACAGAUGUUGUGAGAAAUGUUUCCUUAAACAAAACUGUUUUCGAAGAAACUUGUAAAGUGACACAUGGAAACACCUUUUGAAGAAAAGGUAAGUGAUAGACUUCACUAUCACAAUUAAAUAGCGCAGAGAAAAUUCCACAACAUUCCCAAAUCGCCGUAACAAAUUACGCAAGAAUUUAAAAUCCACAUGGGUCUUCGUUUUAGUCCAGGGGGGUCUUUCUUUUAGUCCAGAUGGUCUUCGUUUUAGAAACACCCUUUCGCAGGCUAGCAUUUCUUCGGGGAGGGAAGAAAUACGAGCUCUCCUAGAAACGCCUGCGGGGGAGGCUAUGUUUUCACUGUGGUCGAUUUGCUGCUGAGCGGGUGUUUGUUGACAUACCGACGAUUGCUAGCUUUUUUCACUUUUAAAGUUAGCUCGGAAGAACUCAGAGGAUUCAAAUUUAAAAAGCGUGCCACAUUUAAAAAUGUUAGGAAACGAAGCGCUUUGAAUGUGUUUUCGUUUAAUGAUUCUCGCUAUUUUAUGAAUGCAGUUGAAUAGUGUCUCUAAAGAGUAAGAGGAUAGGAAGUAAUGUUAUAAUCCUGUUUCAAAAUGUAACAGCAAAACAGCAAUAAUUACCGUAAAGUAGCGUGGGUUUAACCCGCCGUGGCAAAUCGAUGAAACUCGUUGAUCGAAAUAAUGGAUUCUAUUCGAUUUUAAACGAUACUAAUUAAGCGAUUGAUAUCGGUAAUCGAUAAAUAUCGAAGAUCGAAAGAGUUGUGAGUAUCAAUUUUUGUGAAUUUUUAUCAAUUUUCAUCCAUUUUAUAGAUUGUCAAUUGUAACCCUUUAAUAAUGAUUUCAGAUACGUUUGCGCUACCACUGGCUACGAAUUAGUAAUUAAAAGUCUUACCUUUUAAUUGUCGAUUUACUCAUCGAGGACAAAAGAUUGACCCGUCCUUAUUGUAAAUGGGCACUGUUGGAAGCCCUUCACUACAGCCUCUAGUAAAAUGUUCAUUAAAUUCGCCGGUCAUUUGGCAGGUGUCUGUCACAACGCGCAACGCGAUUGGCUGCGGUAUUUAUCAGGACAAGUUUUACCAUCUCGCGAGGUUGUCUAACUUUGCGUAAUUCUUCGGUCAUAAAGCCGAAAAAACAGUGAGCAUGUUUAACUCGCUAACACAAGACGAGGUGUUUUAACUGUAUUUCUGGACUUUUCUGGCUUUAUCUAGCUAAAAUUAUCUCAGUGAAAACACAACCGCAGAGUCUUAAAGCCAUUUUUCACUUAAUGGAUGAUGUAAUAUUAUAAUGUUAUUAUUAUGGAAGUUUGGCCGCUGAACACUAUACGUAUUAAAUAGAAAAAAAAUAUUGUUACAGAACAAUAAACAGACCGUUAAGGAUGAAGAGUUUUGAGCUGUUCAGUAAGCUCGUUGUUCACGUUUCAAAUUAGAAAAUGUGGCUUGGUUUGCUGAGUUUAAGCCUGAGAAAGCACUUCUCGUGAUCUAAACUAUAACUGGUCUGAAAUUAAUUUUGUUAUACCAUUUAACAAAGUUAUAAGUCACACUUAGCUUCACUUAGGUUUGUUUUGCAAGUUAGUUUUUGUUGUUUUCCCUGUCAGCAUGUACGGUAAUAGUAAGUGAAUUGCCUAAUAUGGCCACAGUAUAGACUAUAAUGGUUUCGGGGUUUUGAGAGGCCAGCGAGUGGCACAUACCUAACAAAAAUUAACCCAAGUACCCCCCCGGGCUGGAACGAGAGUGCUUAUGCAAUAGGGGUACUUAUUAGAGAGUGGGCGCUUAUUGGAACGAAGUAAGAUUGUUGAUGUUCAGAAUAAUUGUAUCUUUUAGAGGGACAGGUAUUUCACAUGAAUGCAAACAGCACUUAUAAUUCUGGUGAUGAAAACACAACACUAAUUUUUACGCACCAUUUAUGGUGUAUUGAACAUGCAUGGAGACUUGAAGUAAGCGUAGUAAAAAAAAAGUUUAAAAUAGCAGGUGGAUUGUUUAACAGUAUCAAAAAUAACCAACAUUUAAUUAUAUCUGUCACAUGCGAAAUUCAGUAAAAUUAUGUUUACCAUAGAUUUGGUUCAAUAACUUAAAAGACUAUACUGAAAGAUCACAAGAAGGACAAUUAACACUGGUGAAGGACUAAUUCUCCCCCCUUGACCUCCUAGGUCAGUCAAGUGAACUAGAAGCCAAUGAAACACGCAACCUCUAAGACAUUACUUACAUUUAAUAAUCAUCCUUUUUUUUCACUAGCUCCUUUAGAAAUAGAAGCACGUGGAGAAAAAGCACAACUCGCUUAUCAAAGUGCUCUUAAAGAUGGAGCCAUUAAUGUUUACCGUGGUCGAGUAUUUCUUAUUGGGCAGGAUCGGGCAGGAAAAACAAGUUUGAAGAAGUCUCUUAUUGGUCUACCGUUUAAUCGAAAAGAAAAAAGUACUGAUGGAAUUGAAGUGGAUCCUUCAAAAUUUCAGUUGGACGUUGAUGAAGUCAGGAAUUGGCAACCUAUUGAUGAGAGAAAACAAGGAUUCCUGGGAUGUUCGAGAGAUGUGGCACAGGUGGUGGUGGAAAAGAUGUAUGAUAUUUCAGUUAACCGUGAUUGGGUUCGGGAAGAGGAAAGAGGUGAAGCAAAACCUCAAAGUGAUGAUAACAAGAAUAGGAAACAGGUUGAUACUGAUAGAGAAAAGGAAGAAGUUUCUCUUGUGAACCAGGUUUGUCUUUGUUGGUUUUGAAAUGUGAUCUUUUUUCUUGAAUCCAUCGUUACUGCAAGAACGGACUAACAGUAAUUAUGAUGAAUUGAUUAUCGCCUUGAUAAGUCAGGUUUUAUUGAGACAUUUAUGACCACGGCUUUCCUGCCCCUUGCUACAAUGUCCGUAUGAAAAUAUGUAAUAAUUCCCGGAUUGUUUCCUUGUGCUAGUUAAAAAUUUCACGUUUUAAUCUAGUAAGUUCAGUUCCGAGUGUUGAAUGAUACUAAUAUCAACCAUCUAGUUAGAUUUCCAUGAUUGUACCCAUCUACACGUAAACUUAGCCUUUGGGUUUGUAAUGUGUGUGCAAACCAAAGUGAGUAUAGCCGUAUCUUGAUGUAUACUUUUAAGUGUUAAUUAGGCCUCGAGUAUAGCUUUCGGUUAGUUUUUUUUUCUGUUUUGUUAAUCACAAUUUCGCUUGUUUUCUUUUCUUUAUACGAGGAGCAAAGCCAAGGGGCUGGGGGCAUUGAAUCAAACACCAUUUUCCUAUAUAUUCUUAAAUUUACUGUUCCUUAAAAAAAUUAAGAGCAUAUUAAUGUUUUGGGUACCUUAUGCCUCCAAUAAUCGUGCCUCAAUGUUUGAGCUUAUUAAGAAUUUUUUUGUCAUCAAAAACAACUUUAAAUGGCUGAAUAAUCGAAAAACUCGUACCUGCUAUGUUUAAGUCUUUCAGAAUCAGAAUCGACGGUUAUUUUUUUUUCCUACUCUGCUACAGGUUUGCGAUCCAAACGAAGACAGUGUUAGUGAACCCACGUUAACAGGACCUGAUCAUGAGUUAGUGGUUGAUACUACUUUAUCUCCAGAUGAGAUCAAGGAACGAGCUGUAGGAUUAAGAAGGGAAUUGCAAGGUGAAGAUGUUAAGGCUGAAGAAUCUGUUGUCAGUAUUGAACUGUGGGAUUUUGCCGGACAACACCUGUAUUAUGCAUCUCAUCCUGUAUUUUUAACAUCACGUGCGCUGUACAUCUUGGUGUGCAACCUCAGCAAGUCACUGCGUGACACAGCCAAACCCUGUGUGAGGCAAGGAUCUCGUAAUGUUCCUUUGGAAAACCCAAAUGGAGAGACAAAUCUUGAGAACUUGUUGUCUUGGCUGUCCACAGUGCAUAGCGUUGCACAGAUGAGAAGAGAAACCUGUGCUGAUGUAGAAGAAGAGGUGCCUCAUUUGCGCCCCCCAGUGAUCAUUGUAGGAACCCAUGCAGACAAACCAUUUGAAGACAUUGCAACAAUGAAAACAGAAAUCGAGAACGCAAUUGCUGGUAAGGACUAUGAAGGACAUGUGGUGCGGCCUAUCUUCAGCAUUGACAACACUGCAAAAUUAACUCAAAGAAAAAUCC